UGCCUCUGGGGACGAGGCCCGUGCAGCUCUCCGGGCAAUGGUGGUGGCUCGGCCUGGAGAGGCGGUAGUGGAACGGAGACCCUGGUGGGGGAUGACAUCAAGGAAGGAGACGGGCGGGAACCCAGAUUUCUGCCGGUGGGCCAUGAAAGUGAGGUUCACUGGGCAGGGCAGCCGCACACAGAACGCGCAAACGGCCCCGUAGGCCUGGAGGAGCCGAAGAGCAGGCGGACCCCCUCCGCGGAGGAACAGUUUCCGCCCGGAGCACAAAGCAGCGGACCGGAAGUGGGGGCGGAAGUGCAGUGGGCUCAGUGGCGACUGCGCGCCUCUGCCCGCGAAGUCUGAACUGGCUCAUAGGUGGGGACGCCGUGGCGGCGCUCGACUGGAGUCGGUUGAGUUCCUGAGGGCCCCCGGUUCUGGAAGGUUCGCCCCGGAGACAAGUGAGCAGUCUGUGCCCUAGGAAUUCUCCAAGAGAACCGCAUUGUGUCCCAGUGCACCUGCUCGCAUCACUUACCAGGAGUGCCUGAGAUCCUAAGAUGUUCAGAGUGGUUUUUCCGCACAGACCCGAAUAGCCUGCCACUCAGCCACCCUCUGUGCCCUCCUGAGAACAGGCUGAUAUGCCCAAGAUAGUCCUGAAUGGUGUGACCAUAGACUUCCCUUUCCAGCCCUACAAAUGCCAACAGGAGUACAUGACCAAGGUCCUGGAAUGUCUGCAGCAGAAGGUGAAUGGCAUUCUGGAGAGCCCCACAGGCACGGGGAAGACGCUGUGCCUGCUGUGUACCACGCUGGCCUGGCGAGAACACCUCCGAGACACCAUCUCUGCCCGCAAGAUUGCCGAGAGGGUUCAAGGGGAGCUUUUCCCGAAUCAGGCCUUGUCGUCCUGGGGCAGCGCUGCUGCUGCUGCUGAAGAUCCUAUAGAUUCUUGGCUGUCUGCAGGGCUGAGUUAGCCGAAUGCCACCCGCCUUUGACACGUGAGAACCAUGACCUCUGUGCUUGCUUGUGUCUGGGCAGCUUGCUACACGGAUAUCCCAAAGAUCAUUUACGCCUCCAGGACCCACUCGCAACUCACGCAGGUCAUCAACGAGCUUCGGAACACCUCCUACCGGCCUAAGGUGUGUGUGCUGGGCUCCCGGGAGCAGCUGUGCAUCCAUCCAGAGGUGAAGAAACAAGAGAGUAACCACAUGCAGAUCCACUUGUGCCGCAGGAAGGUGGCAAAUCGCUCGUGUCAUUUCUACAACAACGUGGAAGAGAAAAGCCUGGAGCAGGAGCUGGCCAGCCCCAUCCUGGACAUCGAGGACUUGGUCAAGAGCGGAAGCAAGCACAGGGUGUGCCCUUACUACCUGUCCCGGAACCUGAAACAGCAAGCCGAUAUCGUCUUCAUGCCAUACAAUUACUUGUUGGAUGCCAAGAACCGCAGAGCACACAGCAUUGACCUGAAGGGGACGGUCGUGAUCUUUGACGAAGCUCACAAUGUGGAGAAGAUGUGUGAAGAAUCAGCAUCCUUUGACCUGACCCCCCAUGACCUGGCUUCAGGACUGGACGUCAUAGACCAGGUGCUGGAGGAGCAGACCAAGACUGCGCAGCAGGGCGAGCCCCACCCGGAGUUCAGCAUGGAUUCCCCCAGCCCAGGGCUGAACAUGGAGCUGGAAGACAUUGCAAAGCUGAAGAUGAUCCUGCUCCGCCUGGAGGGAGCCAUCGAUGCCGUUGAGCUGCCUGGAGACGACAGCGGUGUCACCAAGCCAGGGAGCUACAUCUUUGAGCUGUUUGCUGAAGCCCAGAUCACGUUUCAGACCAAGGGCUGCAUCCUGGACUCACUGGACCAGAUCAUCCAGCACCUGGCCGGACGUGCUGGAGUGUUCACCAACACGGCUGGACUGCAGAAGCUGGCGGACAUUAUCCAGAUUGUGUUUAGUGUGGACCCCUCCGAGGGCAGCCGUGGUUCCUCGGCAGGGCUGGGGGCCUUACAGUCCUAUAAGGUGCACAUCCAUCCUGAUGUUGGUCACCGGAGGACGGCUCAGCGGUCUGAUGCCUGGAGCACCACUGCAGCCAGAAAGCGAGGGAAGGUGUUGAGCUACUGGUGCUUCAGUCCCGGCCACAGCAUGCGCGAGCUGGUCCGCCAGGGCGUCCGCUCCCUCAUCCUUACCAGCGGCACACUGGCCCCGGUGUCCUCCUUUGCCCUGGAGAUGCAGAUCCCUUUCCCGGUCUGCCUGGAGAACCCACACAUCAUCGACAAGCACCAGAUCUGGGUGGGGGUCGUCCCCAGAGGUCCCGAUGGAGCCCAGUUGAGCUCUGCAUUUGACAGACGGUUUUCUGAGGAGUGCUUGUCCUCCCUGGGGAAGGCUCUGGGCAACAUCGCCCGCGUGGUUCCCUACGGGCUGUUGAUCUUCUUCCCUUCUUAUCCUGUCAUGGAGAAGAGCCUGCAGUUCUGGCGGGCCCGCGACUUGGCCAGGAAGAUGGAGGCACUGAAGCCGCUGUUUGUGGAGCCCAGGAGCAAAGGCAGCUUCUCCGAGACCAUCAGUGCUUACUACGCAAGGGUCGCUGCCCCAGGGUCCACUGGCGCCACCUUCCUGGCGGUAUGCCGGGGCAAGGCCAGUGAGGGGCUGGACUUCUCAGACACAAAUGGCCGUGGUGUGAUCGUCACGGGCCUCCCGUACCCCCCCCGCAUGGACCCCCGGGUUGUCCUCAAGAUGCAGUUCCUGGACGAGAUGAGGGGCCAGGGUGGGGCUGGGGGCCAGUUCCUCUCUGGGCAGGAGUGGUACCGGCAGCAGGCGUCCAGGGCGGUGAACCAGGCCAUUGGGCGAGUGAUCCGGCACCGCCAGGACUACGGGGCUGUCUUCCUCUGUGACCACAGGUUCGCCUUUGCUGAUGCCAGAGCCCAGCUGCCCUCCUGGGUGCGUCCCCACGUCAGGGUGUACGACAACUUCGGCCACGUCAUCCGAGACGUGGCCCAGUUCUUCCGUGUUGCCGAGCGAACUAUGCCAGCACCGGCCCCCCGGGCUGCAGCACCCAGUUUGCGUGAAGGAGAAGAUGCUGUCAGGGAGGACAAGUCGCCUGACCCCCUCCUCUCCACCAGGAAAGCUAAGAGUCUGGACCUGCAUGUCCCCAGCCUGAAGCAGAGGUCCUCAGGAUCACCAGCUGCCGGGGACCCCGAGUGUAGCCUGUGUGUGGAGUAUGAGCAGGAGCCAGUUCCUGCCCGGCCGGGGCCCAGGGGGCUGCUGGCUGCCCUGGAGCACAGCGAACAGCGGGCCGGGGGCCCUGGCGAGGAGCAGGCCCACAGCUGCUCCACCCUGUCCCUCCUGUCUGAGAAGAGGCUGGCAGAGGAGCCGCGAGGAGGGAGGAAGAAGAUCCGGCUGGUCAGCCACCUGGAGGAGCCCGUGGCUGGCGCACAGACGGACAGGGCCAAGCUCUUCAUGGUGGCUGUGAAGCAGGAACUGAGCCAAGCCAACUUCGCCACCUUCACCCAGGCCCUGCAGGACUACAAGGGUUCCGAUGACUUCGCCGCCCUGGCCGCCUGUCUUGGCCCCCUCUUUGCUGAGGACCCCAAGAAGCACAGCCUGCUCCAAGGCUUCUACCAGUUUGUGCGGCCUCACCACAAGCAGCAGUUUGAGGAGGUCUGUAUCCAGCUGACAGGACGGGGCUGCGGCUAUCGGCCUGAGCACAGCAUUCCCCGAAGGCAGCGGGCGCAGCCAGCCCUGGACCCCACUGGAAGGACAGCGCCGGAUCCCAAGCUGACCGUGUCCAAGGCUGCAGCCCAGCAACUGGACCCCCGAGAGCACCUGAACCAGGGCAAGCCCCACCUGUCACCCAGGCCACCCCCCACAGGAGACCCUGGCAGCCACCCACAGCAGGGGUCCAGAGCGCCCAGAGCAGGGAAGCAGGGCCAGCGCGCCGUGAGCGCCUACCUGGCAGAUGCCCGCAGGGCCCUGGGGUCUGCAGGCUGUAGCCAGCUCUUGGCAGCGCUGACAGCCUACAAGCAAGACGAUGACCUCGACAAGGUGCUGGCUGUGCUGGCCGCCCUGACCACUGCAAAGCCGGAGGACUUCCCCCUGCUGCAGAGGUUCAGCAUGUUUGUGCGUCCACACCACAAGCAGCGCUUCUCACAGACAUGCACAGACCUGACCGGCCGACCCUACCCGGGCAUGGAGCCACCAGGACCCCAGGAGGAGGGUCUUGCCAGGCCUGCUGUGCUCCCCCACGGGGCUCCCCAACCAGGCCCCUCACGGUCCGAGAAGCCGGGAAAGACCCAGAGCAAGAUCUCAACCUUCCUUAGACAGAGGCCAGCAGGGACUGUGGGGGCGGGCGGUGAGGCUGCAGGGCCCAGCCAGUCCCCAGGACCUCCCCACGGGCCUGCAGCAUCUGAGUGGGGUGAGCCUCAUGGGAGAGACCUCGCUGGGCAGCAGGCUGCGGGAGCUCCGAGCGGGCCCCUCUCAGCAGGCUGUGUGUGCCAGGGCUGUGGGGCGGAGGAUGUGGUGCCCUUCCAGUGCCCUGUCUGUGACUUCCAGCGCUGCCAGGCCUGUUGGCAACGGCACCUUCAGGCCUCUAGGACGUGCCCAUCCUGCCACACCGCCUCCAGGAAGCAGAGCGUCACGCAGGUCUUCUGGCCAGAGCCCCAGUGAGUGCCCACAGUGGCCCUCAGCACACCUGACGUGGCUUGAUCACCUGCUUGUCCAGCUCUGGUGGGCCAAGGAACCACCGAACAGAAUAGGCCAGCCCAUGCCUGCCUGCCUGACGCACUGCGCUGGGACCGGAUCUGGGCCUCCCUCUGAGAAGCCCUGAGCUACGUUGGGGUCUGGGGUGGGUCUCUGGGAAAGUGCUUCCCCAGAACUUCCCUGGCUCCUGCCUGUGAGUGGUGCCACAGGGGCAUCCCAGCUGAGCCCCUCACCAGGAAGGAGGAGACCCCCGUGGCAUGUGUCCACUUUUCAUCACUUUUCACAGGAUUCUCUAAUAAAAGUGCUGACAGUGCCCCGGA